ACAAUCUUAAUGUAAUAUUUUGGGAGUCAGAACAGAGGAGAGGCCAAAAAUGCUGGAGAGAGUGCACUCUGUGCGCAGGGGUGCGCAAUUUAGCGGCGAAGGAGACGACGACAACGACGAAUCGAAGACAAGGAAGAACAUAUCAAUGGCGAUGAGAGCUUCCAAUUACUUGACCCGAACUACUUACUUCUGGCCCUUCAUCAUCCUCUUUCUACUCCUCCUCUUCCACUUCUCUCUCAUCAUUCACUCUCGCAAUUUCGUCUGCGUCUCUUCCUCCUCCGAUCCUCUCUCUCGCAUGCGCUUCUUCGCCGUCCAAGACCCCGAUUCCGACUUCGGAUCUCUCGGCGUGCCCUGGUGCAGAUCGAAACAUGGAAAAACAGUUGAAUGGACGUCCAAGGAUUUACUCAAAGGCUUGGAAGAGUUUGUACCAAUAUAUGAAACACGACCCAUCAAAAACAACAUGUAUGGGAUGGGUUUUGACCACAGCUUUGGGCUUUGGUUCAUUGCCCGAUGGCUGAAGCCUGAUCUGAUGAUUGAGAGUGGUGUUUUUAAGGGGCAUUCAACUUGGGUUUUGCGUCAGGCAAUGCCAGACAAACCCAUUGUGUCACUUUCACCACGCCAUCCUGAGAAAUACCUUAAUAAGGGACCUGCGUAUGUGGAUGGGAACUGCACAUAUUUUGCUGGAAAGGACUUUGUGGAUUUUGGGAGUCUUAACUGGAGAAGUGUGAUGAAGAAACACAGAAUUACAGAUCCAAGCCGGAUUCUGGUCUUCUUUGAUGAUCAUCAGAAUGAAUUAAAACGGCUCAAGCAGGCACUGAAAGCUGGCUUCAGGCAUCUUGUUUUUGAGGACAACUAUGAUACUGGGACUGGAGACCAUUAUUCCUUCAGACAGAUAUGUGAUCAAUUUUAUAUAAGAGGUGGUGGCCAUAGUUGCUUUAAAGAUAGUGAUGAAGCUAGGAUUAGAUCAACAAGGAAGAAGUUCUGGGAGAAGGCGGUGGAUAUAGAAGAACUAUGUGGGCCCAGCGAAGCAUGGUGGGGUGUUCGGGGGUAUAUGCGAGAUGUCUUUAACCACAGUAAUAAGCCAAUAACCUAUACACAACACUUUAAGAACAGCCGGUUUGUGGAAUCAGUGCUAGAUGUUUAUUGGGAGCUCCCACCAGUGGCUGGUCCGUCACUUACUCAUCAAACGAGAUAUGAUCCUGCUCGUGCUUCCACUCCCAUUGUCGAGGAUGGCAGGUUUCGGCUAUUCCAGAGACUUGGCUUGACUAGACUCGACACUUCUGUAUUCAAUGGGUAUACCCAAAUGGUUUAUCUUCAAGUAUCUGCACAAAUUUCUUAAAUAUAUCUCGAGUUAAUGUGAAAUUAGAAGUUUGGGCAUAAAAUCUUGAGAUCUGUAAAUUUUUUGCGUUACUCUCAUAGUUUUCUGUUCUUUUCUUUUUUUCUAUUUUUUUAAAAGCAUGCAUACUAGGUUUUUUUUAUUAUUUUAUUUUUAUUUUUAUUUUUUACUUCGAGGAUUAUUAUUAUUAUUUCUGACAUUUUCUUUUAUGAAAAAUCAUGAACCUGGCACUACUAGCA